AUGUGUCCAAUGAUCCUCAAUCGCCUCUCAGACGGCCCGGCAACGGUCCUCUCUCCUCCCCAGGAACACGCCUUCGCUCAGUUCCCGUCACAAUCCUCUUUUCUCGAUUCAGGAAGCUUCAACGGCUACCCUGCAAACUCCAGCACAGUCUUCAACAACGGUGCCUCUUCUCAAGCUGCUCCCUCGAGCUUCGACUUCGCGCCGGCUCCCGCAGCCUCAAAGCCCUCGCGCAAGAGAUCGCGUGAUGAGGCCACUUUCGACGAAGUGAAUGCCCCCAGCGCAUCUGCACCGCCUAAAACGGCACCUAAACCCAAGGUAGAGCCCAUCUAUGGAGAAGGAAUGGUCCUAUUGAACCCACAGACUGGCCUUGCGAUCUCUGCCGAGAGCCAAACCGGCACUUGGUAUGAACAAGAGUCUGAGACACAGCAGGCGGCUGCCGCUCCCAUCUCCUCGCGUUCCCACGCGCUGCAAUCCGAUGCUGCCGAUAUCAGUCGCAAGUCUCAGCGCCUUGAUAAGUCUGCCCCGGGGCUGGACGAUAUUGCGCUGUCUUCAAUUCGCCAACGUCUGAACGACCCCAGUACCGACGACCAGCACCGCACUCUCAAUGCCGGUCCCUCCCCUCCCGCUGAGCCUCUAGUCGAUGAUGCCACCCGCCUCCUUGGAAUUGGCUGGCAGCGCGUCAGCACCGACGACGACAUGGCCCCCGCCGUCCGCGGAUGGACCAAGUACAUCGACAACCAGUACUCGGCCCAUUUGCACAGCUCACAGAUGCUGAUCAAAAGCCGCGCUUUGAAUGCCUACCUUGUGGCCGCCAUCCCAACCUCGGGAACCUCGCCUGCUUUCUACCUUUUCACCGAAGACCUCACACAAGGCCAGCUUGUUGCCUCCUCCUGGGAAACCUGCCUCCAAAAUCUCCGCAGCUCCCCCAUCCUCUUCGAGGGCGCUGCCCCCCUCGCCGCUACCGACCGACCUGAUACGCAACCAAUGUCCUUCAACAACAUGGACACUGGCGUACCUCUUCUCCAACAAGCCUUGGCCAACCACCCGCCGGCACCACUGAGCGGAGGCGUGGAAAUGGGAAUGGAGAUCGAUUCAUGA